AUGUUGACCAAUUGGAAUCUCCAGUUGAGGAGCACGCGGAAGUUGAUUCUGAGGAUGUUUUGCCCCGGUUUUCUCUUUGGUGGCUUUAAGCGAGGUUUAAGGAAAAUAGCCGAGAAUACCACCAUAGGCACGUACAGAAACCCGACGACUCUGUUUCCCCAGCCGAACCCGACGUUGUUAAUGAGUCCACGGAUUCCAAUGGGCCAGUACACACCCGCAACGCUGGCCCCUGCGGUGAUGAUUCCGGAUGCAGCAGCCUUACGCUUAUCAAAGUACUGGAACACCACUGCAGAACAUUGCACGUACAUGAGGCCAGAGCCUAAUCCAUACAUGACACCCUGUACCACGAAUAUCUGCCACGGUGCGUUGGUGAUCGACAGAAACAUGUACGAGAGACAUGCAAUGAACCCGCCAAUGGCAACCAUGGCUUGUGAUCCAAGAUAG